AUGCCUCAGUCAAAUCGAAAAUACAGCUCCAAGAGCUCCACGAGUAGUCGGGGCUCAAGGAGGAGUAGUGAUUCGGUCGACUCCUUCGAGACAUAUGAAUCACAAAGCACAACGCCCACGUCUUACUACGACUACGCGAGCACCGAGGCAUCAGUCAGGGAAGCAAAGCAGGUCUCGAGCAAGUUUCAACCCGUCCAGGAGGAGGACAUUUCUCCUUCAACAAGCAGCUACCCGAGGUCGACCGUCGAUACUUUCGACUCGAGUAUAGCUUCCGAGGACGAGGAUGAGCUAGAGCUCCAACGCGAGAUCGACAUGGACAGCUUCGAGGAGCACCAAGAGAUCCCGCCUUUGCCCGUCUACUGCCGCGAUGUCGUCGAUGACGUCCGCCCCUCCACCCCCCAGGACUUUGCAAAGCUCUUCCCUUCCAUGAACAGGUUAUCAAUCCGCCAUGACGAGUUCACCCCGGAUGGCAACAUGAACCUGCGAGUCGACACCGUCGCCCCGGGCCGCCGUCCUUUCACCAUGCAGCUCUUCCACCUGCGCAUGUACGACCUUAGCAAGCGCGAGUUUUCCCUGAGACGGUACUGUCGCGAGUCUGGUCGCGAGGUCUGCAACUCCAAGCGCAAGUACGUCGAGCCCGCCACCGAGGAGCGCCCCACGCUUCAGCGAUCGCUCUCCAGCGCCUUCAAGACCCUCUCGACCCGGAAACCCCUCUCGCGCACCAACUCGGGCGGCUCAAUGCUCAAGGGCAAGGAGCAGCAACGCCCCGCCUCCAGCUCCUCCUCCCGCGGUGGCGACGAGGACCCCUCCGCCUACUUCCAGCGCUCCGCCUCCUUCGACAUGAAGCAAAAGUCCCGCCCCGAGCCGACAAACACCAUGAAGCUCGAGUUCUCAAACUACGCCCGCGUCGACGUCUCUCGCUGCGGCGGCAAGAACAACAAGCGCUACGAGUUCCAGUGGUGGGGUCACAAGUACCAGUGGAAGCGCGUCCUCGACAAGAACCUCGGCGUCGUCUCCUUCCACCUCGUUAAGGACGGCAAUACGGCCGCCGACGCCGCAGUCGCCCACAUCGUCCCCGAGACCCGCGCCCCGAACCAAGUCUACGACGACGAGAGCGCCGGCGGCUGGGUGCCUCCGUGCCACAUGUGGAUCAGCGACCGCAGCGUCAUCGAGGCCGUCACCGACGUCGCCGAUGUCAUUGUUGCUACCGGCCUCAUGGCUCUUGUCGACGACUGCAUCAAGGACCGUUGGCAAGUCAAGAAGACGCACCGCAACCCGUUGACGUCCAAGUCCGUGAGCGAGGGCCCCAGGUCCUUUGUGCAGCACAUUUUCCAGCGUCGUACUUCGGACCAUCAGUCGAGUCCCCUGCGACACCGCCCCAUCUCAACCUACUGA